CACACCGCGUACAACGCUAGCUUGUCUUUUAAUAAUAUGCCACUACAAUGUUUACGUGAUCUGUCUUGUGUGUUACUGGGAAAUAAAAGUCCGGAGCAGAGAUAAGCAGAGGAUGAGAUGGAUCCGCCGCAGACCCUGCAGGACAUGGUGGCCUCAGCUGCCUCUGUGCACCUCAGCAGAGCGGCUGUCACAUUUGACAGGGGCUCAGCAUCUGAACCCGCCGUGUCCCUGUCAUACAGUGCUGUUGUCACGCUUGCACAUGAGCUCUCUCAUAUUCUGCUGAAGCACUGCUUUCAGAGUAAUGGCGUGAUCGCACUGUACUGUCAUGCCGAUUUGUAUCUGCCUGUCUGGAUUCUGGGGAUCCUGCAGGUGCCUGCUGCUUAUGCACCGCUGGACCCCGAUGCUCCAGGGCUUCUGUCUGCCCGCAUCAUGAACCAGUGCGGCCUCAAGUACUGCGCCCUGCAGAGUGAGCUGUUGGAGCACUUCCAGGCAACUCUGUCCAACUACCUCACCAUGGAGGUUUGUGUUGUGUUGCCCAAGUACAACCUGACGCUGAUACGAGUAAAGCUGCUGCCAGGUGCUGUGCACAACCGGGCGACAGAGCAGAAAGGAGCUGAGAGAGCGGAUGAUGCUUCAGUUGUGGCGGUAAAGGACAGUGGAGAAGGAAAUCUGGCUUAUAUUCUACACACAUCUGGAACAACAGGGCUUCCAAAGAUUGUGAGGGUGCCACACAAGUGUAUAGUCCCCAACAUACUGCAUCUCAGGUCUUUGUUUCAGAUGAGAGCGGGCGAUGUGGUUUUCCUGGCCUCUCCCUUGACAUUCGACCCAUCUGUGGUGGAGAUUUUCCUGGCCUUGUCGUCCGGGGCUCAGCUCCUCAUCGUCCCGUCUGUGAUCAAGAAGAUGCCCAGUCGACUCGCUCAGCUGCUGUUCAGGAGUCACAGAACAACAGUGCUACAGGUGACCCCCACUCUUCUCGGCCGCUUUGGCCAUGAUAUUCUGAAACGGGAGGUGUUGUCCGCUGGCUCUUCAUUGCGUGUGUUAGCACUGGGGGGAGAGGCCUGUCCGGCACCUACUUUGCUUCAGAGCUGGAGACACGAACACAACAAAACUCACAUCUACAACAUCUAUGGCAUCACCGAGGUUUCCUGCUGGGCCUGCUGUUACAAAGUCCCAGAGAGUCUUCUGCAGUCCAGCAAUCAAACGGUGUCCUCUGUGCCUCUCGGGGCUCCUCUGAUGGACACAACUGUUGAAGUAAGAGAUGAACAUGGCCACAUCAUCACGGAGGGUGAGGGGCAGGUUUUUAUAGGUGGAAAGGACAGAGUAUGUCUCCUAGACGACGAGGUGUCAGCUGUGCCUGGAACGAUGCGUGGCACUGGAGACUGGGUGAGGGUUGAGGACACACACCUGUACUACCUGGGACGGAGAGACAGACUAAUCAAACGCCAUGGACAACGGCUGAACCUGGACAGCUUGCAGCAAGUCAUAAUGAGCUUGCCUCAGGUGGAGUCCUGUGCUGUGGGUCUGUAUGACGGCUUUCGGCUGGUUGCCUUUGUUGUGGCUUCUCCAUCUGGAGACCAAAAGGCAGCCUCUCCAUCCCCAUCUGUGCAGCAGCAUUUGGCAGGAAGUCGCUCAGCCUCUGGUAAUGAUCACACACACCUCACCUCCUCCAUUAACCGUCACGAGGAGCGAGGCGCCGCAGACGGAGACCUGAGCGGGGCUGUGCUUCAGCAGCUGCGUCUCCUGCUGCCCGGUCACAGCAUUCCAGACACGCUGGUGCUCGUCCCGGCCUUACCCCUGACCGCUCAUGGCAAAUUAGACAUGGACGCACUGAUGAAAACAUACCGAACACAGAGAGAGCGUCUGGAGUCUGAUACUUUGCCUAGAGAUAUGGUCAAGCUAAGACAGGCCCUUCAGUCUUUGUGGCAGGAGACUCUAGGCCUCGCUCAAGAUGCAGCCAUCGAGGAGGAGUCCAGCUUUCUCUUCAGUGGAGGAGAUUCUCUGAAGGCGCUGCGUCUCUGCGAUGACAUCAUGACCGCCGCGGGAGUGACCUCGCCAGGACUUUUGGAAGUUAUUCUUGACGGGACCUUCUCAGACAUACUGAACCACAUCGCUAGAGCAAUAUUGGUGCUGCCUGUUGAGAACCUCUCCCCAUCACCGCCUGGGGCCAGGAAACGGCAGGCAGAUCCUCUCUCUGUGGCACCAGUGAAGAGAGAACGCACAGACCCUCAAUCUAAAACAGCUGCAGAGAAAUUGCAGGGAGAUGGAGUUUCUUUUGAGAGCAGGGCUGUAAAAGUUAUAAGGAGGGCAGGUGAGGUGGUAGAAAUGACGAUCAGAAAUGCAGAGACUAAUAAAAACUCUCAGAACGACAAAGUGGAGCAACUCCAAAGACAUUCCAGUGAGAAGCCAGACAGAAAUAAUGGCUUGACAGGAGGGUCCAGUGAACACGAUUUGAAUGACAUGAGCUCCUUUGUAGAGACCCGUGCUCUGGGACUGAGUCUGAGCUGGUCCUCGGACACAGGCAGGUGUGUGGAUGCCUCCCCAGUGCUUUUAGUGCAAGCAGGAAUGGGACAGAGAUCAGACUCGACCAAAACAACAGUAUUCAUUGGCUCACACUCUCACAGGAUGCAGGCCCUCGACUUGGCCACUGGGGGGCUUCUGUGGGAGCGGGUUCUGGGGGGCAGGAUCGAGGGCUCAGCCGCUGUGUCUCAGUGUGGGACCCUUGUCAUUGUAGGUUGCUAUGACGGCUGCGUGUAUUUCUUGAGUGUGGCCUCUGGAGAGACACGGUGGGUGUUUGAGACAGGAGAUGCUGUGAAAAGCUGUCCCACUGUGGAUCCACUCAGAGGUCUGGCGAUAGUAGGCUCACAUGACGGGCAUGUUUAUGCUCUGAACCCACAGACUCAGCAGUGUGUUUGGAAGCGUCACUGUGGAGGUGGGGCUGUGUUUUCCUCCCCAUACCUGCACUCUUCCCUCAGACAGCUGUAUGUGGCAUCACUGGGAGGGCACCUGCUCUGUCUCAAUCCAGAUAGUGGAGAGGUCCUGUGGACUUACUCUAGGGAGACUCCAUUUUUCUCAUCACCAAAUGGCUCCUCUGGUCGUGUUGUGAUCGGCUCAGUGGAUGGAAACAUUUGCUGCCUUAGCAACAUGGGAAAGCUGGUUUGGCAGUUUUUGACCAAAGGACCUGUCUUCUCAUCCCCGUGUGUCACACCAGACCAGCAGAGGGUUUUGUGUGGAUCACAUGAUGGUUGCCUUUACUGUUUAAACUGUGCCGAUGGCUCCUUGGUUUGGACUUUCCAGACUUCUGGCAAGGUGUACUCGAGCCCAUGUGUGUUUGAUGGCUCUGCGAUUGGCAGACAGGGGCUUCUUGUGGGCCUGGCCUCCACAGAAGGGACAGUCUGGAUCCUGGAUGUUCAAGAUGGACAAUUGUUAGCAUCACUUUCUCUUCCUGGGGAGCUGUUUUCUUCCCCGGUGGUGUGGGAACAGGUUCUUGUGGUUGGGUGUCGCAAUGACUAUGUGUACUGUGUAACGCUAACAGUCAAAAAGGAAACAUAGAAGAGCAUAUUAAUUUGUUUUUGCACUAAUUGUGAAAUUAAACACUGGAAGCAAAUGUCUGACCAUAUGGUUUCCAUAGCACGAUACUGUAUCAGAGCAGGCAGGGUGCUCUGGGAGACAAGAUUUAAUUAAAUUUCAGUGCUCAACAUCUGAGACCUAGAUCAGGGAAAUAAUGAGUCCAUGGGCCUCUGGUUCAGACAUCAGUAUUUAAUUUACAUUAUUCAUAACAUUUGUAUCUCUUUAAGAAUUUUCUCAUGAAUACCUCUAAGUGGGACAAAAAAGUGCAAUUAUUACCAAACAUUUUUGUUACAUAUAACACUGUGUACACUACACUAUUGUGCACGACCAAAGUCAGAAACAAAAUGACAAAGUGACUCAGCCUUUUGGGCAUCUUUCUGACCAAAGCUCUGGUAAAACCUUUUGCCUUACGUACAUACUUACUUACAUACAUACAGAUCAUUAUAUUGAGAAGUGAGAAAAGUAGUGGUAGGAGACGAGAAUGCUGGAGUUUUGUAGAAAUGCUUACAUCAUGUAAGGCUAACCAGCUCAUAUCACAUUUACGAGGAAGUGAUGGCAUAAGCCUACAAACACAAUUGUGUUACAGGAGGACAGCUACAAGGAUUGUAUGUUACAGCAAGCAGGUAGUCUCUGUCUCCAUAGCAAAGCAAAAUCCAUAUUACAUCAUCACAGAGUAGUGAGGAUAAUGUGCAAUUCACCGUAAAUGCCCAAUAACACUUGUGGUCUUCAAUGCUGUGUUUCGGUGCACCCAGUGUGUGAUUAUGACAGAUUUUAUUAGUGAUGCUUUACAAACAGAUUCUUCUUUUAUAAUGGCAAAUUGUACAAUAGCUUCUUUGACAGCUAUCACAGUCGUCACGGACACAGUGAGAAUUGUAGUACAGGUUUUGAAUAUGAGUAAAAAAAGGCUCCUUUUGUACAUCACAAACAAGGCUCAGAGAAGAGAUACAGUAUCUAUUGUUUCAAUAUAGUUAAAUCCAUUGCUUGAGAUAAUACCAAUGGGGGAAUGUGGCAGAGAAGAUGCCUGUAACACUUCCAUAUGCAGUCACAAAGAAGAUUGAACAGGGUCGUGUUGGGUUAUUGUUGCUGUUAGCCCUUAAAACAAGAUUCUGACAAUUCCCCUCUGUUGAUUAAACACUGUGCCACAUUUCA